AAUCUGGAGCCAUUCCCGUCUCUUCCUCUGAUCACUGUUUUCAUAAAAAGUAAAUAAAACUGCAAAACGUGAGAGUUGUUUGUUUACUUCGGAUUAAUUUUGGGAAUUCUGUUGUAGUCAUUAAAUAAUAUUACAAUGUCCGACAUAAAGAGAGAGCAUGAAGAAGACACUCAUGAAAUAAAGAGAUAUAGAAGAGAAGAAAUGGAAAGAAAAGAACAAAAUGAAAGUGAUGACAGUGAUUAUCAACCAUACAUUCCUUUGAAAGAGAGAAGAAAAGAAAAACUUCAAAGAUUGGGGCGUUUGGCUGUACUACAAGAGAAAGAGAAAAAAGAGAAGUACAAAUCUAGUACAGAUGUCGAAACAGAUGAGUUUGAAGAUGAAUUUGGGCGAAAAAAUAAUGUUAGCCUUUUAGAUCAACAUAAUGAAUUAAAAAAGAAAGCAGAAGCCCGUAAGGAAAGUGCUCUUGAAAAACAGCUGAAAGAAGAAGAAAAAAUUUUGGAAAGUGUUGCUGAAAAACGAGCUUUGAUGGGUGUCGCAGAGUUGGCAAAGGGUAUACAGUAUCAAGAACCUAUCAAAACAGGAUGGAGGCCACCUCGUUACAUUUUAGAAAUGUCUGAAAAACGGCAUGAAAGAGUAAGAAGAAAAUAUCGUAUUUUAGUUGAAGGUGAGGAUGUGGCUCCCCCAAUUAAAAGUUUCAAGGAAAUGAAAUUUCCCAAAGGAAUAAUUCAAGGCUUGAAGAAGAAAGGUAUCUCUAAACCCACCCCUAUUCAAAUGCAAGGUUUGCCCACAGUUCUUUCAGGUCGAGACAUGAUUGGAAUUGCAUUUACAGGAUCUGGUAAAACUCUAGUUUUUGUUCUUCCUAUUAUUAUGUUUGCUAUGGAGCAAGAAAAGCAUUUACCUUUCCUCCAAGAAGAAGGGCCAUAUGGGCUUAUAAUAUGCCCAUCACGAGAACUUGCAAAACAAACUUAUGAAAUUCUCUCAUACUAUGGCCAGUGCUUGUCAAAUGAAGGAUUACCCGAUUUGCGAUGCUGUUUAUGUAUUGGAGGUACAUCUGUACAAGACCAGCUCAAAGUUAUAAAGAAAGGUGUGCAUAUUAUGGUAGCUACUCCUGGUAGAUUGAUGGACAUGUUAGACAAGAAGAUGGUCAAUUUGAAAAUAUGUCGAUAUCUAUGCUUAGAUGAAGCUGAUAGAAUGAUUGACAUGGGUUUUGAAGAAGAUGUGAGGACAAUAUUUUCAUAUUUUAAGGGUCAAAGGCAAACACUCCUUUUUUCAGCCACCAUGCCAAAGAAAAUACAAAAUUUUGCCAGAAGUGCAUUGGUAAAGCCUGUCACUGUUAAUGUUGGGAGAGCUGGUGCUGCUAGUGCAGAUGUCAUACAAGAAGUAGAAUAUGUAAAGCAAGAAGCAAAAAUUGUGCAUCUGUUGGACACAUUGAGUAAAACAGCUCCACCAGUUCUUAUUUUUGCUGAAAAGAAGCAAGAUGUUGAUGCCAUUCAUGAAUAUUUGUUACUUAAAAAUGUAGAAGCAGUAGCCAUUCAUGGUGGAAAAGAUCAGGAAGAACGUUCACGUGCUGUUGAAGCUUUCCGAAAAGGGGAGAAAGAUGUCCUUGUGGCUACAGAUGUUGCAUCUAAAGGUUUAGAUUUUGAAAAUAUACAACAUGUCAUCAAUUAUGAUAUGCCUGAAGAUAUAGAAAAUUAUGUUCACCGUAUUGGAAGAACGGGUCGAUCAGGCAAAAAAGGAAUAGCUACUACAUUCAUUAACAAAGCUUGUGAUGAGUCUGUAUUAUUGGAUUUGAAACAUCUUUUAAUGGAAGCCAAGCAGAAAGUUCCACCAUUCUUGGCAGCAUUACAAUCUGAAAAUGAGAAAUAUCUUGAUCUUGGUGAUGAAAGAGGUUGCUCUUACUGUGGUGGUCUUGGUCAUAGAAUUACUGAUUGUCCUAAACUUGAAGCAAUGCAGAACAAACAAGCUUCAAAUAUUGGCCGGAGAGAUUAUUUGGCAAAUAAUAGUGCUGACUGGUGAAUUAUAUCUCCUUGUAUAGCUGGUUAACAGACAUUGUAUCAUACUGUAUAUAAAUAUGUAUUUUUAAA